GAUGGAAAGAAGAUGGUAGAUAAGAUCAAAGGUAUCUAUGGUUUUGAGGUAUCUGGAGGACCAGGAGGAGACAAAGCCAAAUGGAUCGUAGACGUCAAGAACGGAAACGGUUCCGUGGAGAAGGUGGAGAAGGACUCUAAAAGGAAAGCAGACUGCACGUUCAAGAUCGCGGAUGCCGACUUGGUGGACCUGAUGAUGGGGAAACUUAACCCUCAGAAUGCCUUCUUCUCUGGGAAACUCAAGAUCACCGGUAACAUGGGACUGGCCAUGAAGCUCCAGCAGCUCAAACCAGCUGCACCAAAGGCUAAAUUAUAGAGAUCGGGGUUCAAGACCCCCGUAAGAAUAUCAUUCCUUCCAUCACAAGUUCAGAUGUCCAUCGAGUCACAUGAUACUGAUCUUUUAUUCGUAUUGUAAUUUGGAGACUUACUUAGCAUACAUCCUUCCAUCACGGAAUGUCCCUUGAGGGAUAUGAUAUCUUUCCUUGAAAUUUGAAAAUAUAUUUGAACAAAGAAUCAUCUAAACAGUGUCAUUCAUCGGUGUCUCGUGUAAGAUGGCAAUUAAAGAAUCAGUUCAAGACAUUGUGAGAAAAUUGAUAAUUUCAUCAAUUAGAUGUCCAUUGAGUCACGGGACACCUUCUUAUAUUGAACUUGCAACAAAAAUACACCAAAAUCGAGAAUAUGGUACAUGCACAUCCUGCAGUAGAUAUUCCAGUGCUGUAGUCAUGAUUGUUGUCUCAUGUGUGAUGAACAUUUAGAAGGAUAUUUCUAUGUACAGAGAGAUAUGCAAACUCACUGAUAUCAAUGUUAGCUAACUGUACCCAUGCUUCUUUUUGUUAUUUGAUUGAAUUUACAAUUACCAAUGUGGUACAUGUAAUUUGCCAGAGUGUACAAAGCUGUCUGCAUCAUGAAAUUAGGUGACAUUAUGCAGUAUGUAUGUGAAAUAAUGGUACUUUUUGUAGUGUAAAAAUGCCACUACAUAUGAAUGAUCAUUGUGACACCUUUGCUCGGAAUCGACCCUCAUCCCUCUGAAUGAAAGGUUUAUGGACGUGUAUGCUGGAGUGAAAACUCUUCACUGCAGGUGGCAUGUAUAUAAUCAAAAUAAUAAUAGAGAGAGUGCUUCCAUUAACACUUCGGUGGAUUUCUUCGCCCCUCUGCGUCACUAGUUUGCCAUACUUGCAAUUUUGCACAAACACCAUGCAACGAUUAAACAAAGGAUGGUUUGCGUAACACAAUGGCUUUGCAGAAUUACCCAUUUCUGGUCUUGAUGAUCUUCAUGACAACUCGUUAUGCACAGGUACAUAUUCAUUUUUGGAAAUGGUAAAACAAACUGAAGCAUUUGGUAUGAUGUAUCCGAUGAUAUAUACAAUGUGGCACCGAGAGAUUAUUUGUGUGGCUUAUAACGAGUAAAUCAAAUUACCACAAACAUUUUCCUUUGUUGGUUUCAAAGUGGUGUACUGGUAAUAUAUUAAGCAAAAGAAGAGGUGAAGAGAUGAUGAAAAUUGAACAAUAUGAAAAAUUCUUUUGCAAUAUUAAACUUUUUUCUGUGGUUUUUAAUGUUUCAGAAUAUUCCUCUAGUUGCAAUCAUUUUGAAUGAUGUCUCAUGUAAGAUAUAACGUCAUUUCACCUGGUGAAGUGUCUAUUUGGGAUGCAUGUACUGAUCGCAAAAUGUUUCAUAACUUUGCUUCGUUAACUUUUUAACAUCAGGUGAGAUAUGUAUAUUUGCAUCACCAUCAUGAUCAAAAUAAAUUUGUGUAUGAACUAUUGGAAUGUAUCUAAGUUGUGGAAUAUAAUUGAUUUACAUGUACGUGUUGAUGAAGGAGCUAUUCCUUGGAAAAUAUGUAUUAUUAUACUAUGUGAUACUCUUUUUUCAAAAUAGAAUGAAAUUUUAAAAGUACUUGAAGCAUAUAUGUUAAUGCAGAAAUUUGGUUAUGAUAACACAUGGUGUUAAUAAUGACAAUUUUUAAAGAGAAUUUACAAGACGAAAAACAACUUUCCUGAUCCACACAGAGUUGAUAUUAUUCAUCACAAUUCAUUAUAAUUGCAUAUUUUAUCAUGAAAACCUAUUAUUUCAUCAUACUAUAUGCACUUUGUGCUAUUAUCUAUUAAUUUAUGUAACAUAUUCAUGUUGAAUGUCUAUUGAAAUAAUGUGCUUUGUAUAACCAUUUGUGGUACAGACCGAUUUUGUACUGAGCAAUGAAUAAAAAAUGAAAGAAAUAUAUCUAUUA